AUGUCCACCGAGGAUUCCACCAAAAAUCUCGCACGGGCAGGUACUGCGGCGAUUCUCCCACCGGAGCUUUUGAAGUUCGGUCGUUGCUUGCACCCAGGUGUCGGCAGACUCUUGGGAUAUACGGCGCAGGAGUAUGUGUGGCUGGACAGCCCGCCAUAUGACCGGGAACAGAUGUGGAGCAUGUUUGAGAUGUGGGAUCUGCAGGCACCGAGCCUUGUGAUUGAUCUGGUUGGAGGCUACUGCCAUCCUCGGCAUCUCCUCUUGCCGGCCGACAUCGAGACCAUGGAGCAAUUGCCCGGCGUCGAGAAGGUCGUGAAGGAUGCCAAGCGAGUCAUGCUGUUACAGGCUCAGGAGCUCGACAAGUCCGAAGCGGCGAUUGACAUGGCUGAGCUGCAGAGAACCAUCGGAACGAGCUUGUUCGAUCGGCUUGUCGAAGAUAUGGUCGCCCUGACGGAGGCAUGCGCAAAAACGAACAGCUGGCUCCUGUUUGAUCAGAGCAACGUUGGGCAGUUGUAUUACAUUCUGGAGGCCGCGCUUGCGAGGACCAAGUUCAGGCCCGUAAUUCUCAUGUUUGUGGACUCGGCGCUCAAAGAAGGUUGCAAGUUCCGGGACGGCGAGCACGAUUACCAGGAAGAAGCCUGGAGUAUGCUCGAAGAGAAUGUGGAUGUUGUGCACCAAGAAGAGACCUUGGAGAAGCUGACAAUCGUUGAUUUGCCCCCAGCCCUCUUCCCAGAGUCUACGAACCUUUGGCCGGUUCCGGCGGACAUGGCCGCCACAGAGGCGGCGAGACGGGACACUCUCUGGAGAUCCCACUAUGGGAGGUGGUUCUUCCGCGCAGCCACUCAUUACAUCUUCUGCAAAGGAUCCGGGAAGUUCGGGGAUUCGGCCGUUUGCUUUGACCUGGACUGGCUUGGGCCACAGGGGAGCGUGUACAGCUCUGGAGCCAUAGGGAGCGGAUGCACGAGCGAUAUGAUCUUUUCCUCUUUGGAUGCAGGGAGGCCAGCCAUUCUCUUUAAGCACACGGGUUUGGCCAGCGACCUCUGGAGCCACGUGCUCGACAUCAUAACCGAGCUGGCAAGCAAGAGGCCUCAAAAUGCCGGCCGGACGAGGGAGCACAAUUUCACUGCUGGAGAUGUGAUUCAGUGUUUGCACGAAAGACUGGGGAGUGAGACCCUUCAAAAUCUCAAGCAGAACCGCUGGGUAAAUACCCAGCUUUUUGCUUUGAUCACAACCCUUCUGCGGAAAGAUUGGCAUCGACUGUCCCAAUCCUUUGUUGUCGUGGACGCUUUCCAAGACAAGCCCGACAAGGUCUUGGACAAAAUCAGCGCUUGUUUUGCUAGCACAUGUGGUGGUGCUACAAGGCUUGGUGAAGAUGAUCUGCGUGCAAGGAGCCUGGCAGAGGCUAGCGACUUCCUGCGGCAACUGCGUUUCAAUGCAAAGCGCUUUGCAUCUCGUUCGAAUCUGAUGGCAGUUGGUGGUGUGAUUCUCUCCUUGCUGGCCACAAUGAUUGCUGCUUGGAGUGCCUGGCUAGACACGCAAAUGGGGCCUGAUCAUGAAUCGUUCCUGCAGUGGGUGGCUGAUAUGGCGUUGAUCCUGAUGCCUGCUCUCAGUGGCCUUGCCUUUACAUUGCUUUCGCGACUUCGGUACAUGUCAAAAUGGGGAUCCGUAUAUCUGGCAGCCGAAGAGGUUGAGUCAGAGAUCAUGAGAUUCCGAGUUCAGGUCGGAGACUAUGGCUCGAUGCAGCUACCAGAAGAGCAGGAGCACACCGUCUUGCUUGCGUCCAAGGUGUCUUCUAUUUACGGUAGCAUCGCGCCAGAAUUUCAUCACGACACGCUUCACGUACCUUCCACGGGCGGGGAUGGCAUUGACACCAUGUUUGGAAGCUGCACGCUCGAAGAAGAGUCCCCCGAAGCAGUAGCGGCACGCAGCCCGCUUCUCGAAGAAGACGAAGAACACCUCAGCUCUGCAGCAGUAUUUCCUUCAAGCGGGAAGACCACGAUAUCCGUCGAGGAGUAUUUCGAAGAAAGGGUCAAGACCAAGCUGCAGUACUGGCAGGCGCUGGCACCCCGAUUGUCUCAUCGAGUGGCUGCGUACGAAGUGCUCAUUGUCUUAUCCUCGGUUUUGGGCACAGUCCUGGGCGCAUUGGACCAGAAACUGUGGAUUCCCUUUAUGGUCGCCCUGGGUGCUGCCAUGAACACAUUGAUGCAUCACGAAGGGCUGCAAGCCCGACUCUCUGCGCUCAAUGCUUCCAUCCAGGACUUGCUGCACAUCCGCCACCGAUGGUCAGCCCUGGGUGUCGUUGAGCGACGGACCAACUUCCACAAGGAAUGGAUGGUGAACAUCGCCGAGGCA